UUCGGGUGUACCUCAGCGGUGAGGGCGAUGAAGGACCAGCUUCUGGAAGGCAGAGUUUCGGAGUGUUCAGAGACCAAGCCCUUUUGCCUGCUUCACGACAGUAGUGCGCUGUUUUUCCACUACUCCCAUUUUACAGGGAAGGGAUUUUGAGGCUCUGCGACCUGCUGUACGACACUAGGCGGAGAUGGCAGGCCCUGGAUUAGGGCACGAGCCUUCUCACUUCCAGCCUGCACUUGCCUCCUGUCCUGGGGGUGCCUGAGUGGGUCACUAUUCCAGGGGCAGGGCCUCUGCCCUGCUAGGAACUGGACAUUUCUGGCCAGCAGAGCGCCCUCCCCUCUGCCCAGGGGCGCAGUCGGGCGCCCGGGAAGACUCCGCCCCUCGCGGAGGGGUUCCCUGCUGUGAUUGGCUGAUCGCUUCAGUGAGUGGCGCGAUUGGACCCCUGGUAGCCGUUGGAAUUUGAACUCGGUGUUGGUGGUUUGGCCCGCGCUGCGCCAGCCUCGGAGGCGGGCCUUGGUCUCAGCCUGCCGCGGAUUAGCGGGUUUCUCGACCAACGUCAAAGCAGUCUCGCUGAUUGCCCGUGAGCCAGUGGGAGAAGGAUGUCUCCCCAGCUGUACGAGUUCCAUCUGCCUUUAUCCCCAGAAGAGUUGUUGAAAAGUGGAAGUGUUAACCAGUAUGUAGUACAAGAGGUAGUGUCCAUUAGACAUCUGCCAUCCCAGCUCAAAGCAUUUCAGGCCACCUUCCGAGCUCAGGGGCCCCUAGCUAUCCUGGAACACUUUGAUACCAUCUAUAGCAUUUUACAUCACUUUCGAAGUAUAGAUCCUGGCCUCAAGGAAGAUGCUCUGGAAUUCCUGACAAAAGUGGUGUCCCGCCACUCCCAGGAGCUUCCAGCCCUCUUGGAGGAUGCAACUCUGAGUGCAUCGGACAGAAGUGCCCACCUCAAUGCCCUCAAGAUGAACUGCUAUGCCCUCAUACGCCUCCUGGAAUCCUUCGAAACUACGGCCAGUCAGACAAGCCUUGUGGACCUGGAUGUGGGCGGGAAGAAUAAGAAAUCUCGGAGCAAAGCAACCCAUGGUUUUGACUGGGAAGAAGAGAGGCAGCCAGUUCUUCAGCUGUUAACACAGCUCCUCCAGUUGGACAUUCGUCACCUGUGGAACCACUCAAUAAUUGAAGAGGAGUUUGUCAGUUUGGUUACUGGCUGCUGCUACCACCUUCUGGAGAAUCCUACCAUCACUCACCAGAAGAACCGGCCCACCCGGGAGGCCGUAACACACCUGCUGGGUGUGGCCCUGACACGCUACAACCACAUGUUCAGUGCCACUGUGAAGAUUGUCCAGAUGCUGCAGCACUUUGAACACCUCGCACCUGUACUUGUGGCAGCCGUGAGUCUAUGGGCAACGGAUUACGGCAUGAAGAGCAUCGUGGGAGAGAUUGUAAGAGAGAUUGGACAGAAGGGUCCUCAGGAGCUGAGUCGGGAUGCAUCGGGAGCCAAGGGCUUCGCCAGCUUCCUGACGGAGCUAGCAGAGAGGGUGCCUGCGGUCCUGCUGUCCAGCGUGUGUGUGCUGCUGGACCACCUGGAUGGAGAGAAUUACAUGAUGCGCAAUGCCGUGCUGGCAGCCAUGGCAGAGAUGGUGCUGCAGGUCCUGAAUGGGGACCACCUGGAGGACACGGCAAGGGACACCAGAGAUCAGUUCCUGGACACCCUGCAGGCCCACGGCCACGACGUCAACUCCUUCGUCCGCAGCCGUGCCUUGCAACUCUUUACCCGGAUCGUGCAGCAGAAGGCGCUCCCUCUGACACGUUUUCAGGGCGUGAUGGCCUUAGCCGUGGGGCGUCUGGCUGACAGGUCAGUGCUUGUGUGUAAAAACGCCAUCCAGCUGCUGGCCAGCUUCCUAGCCAACAACCCCUUCUCCUGCAAGCUUAGUGACGCUGACCUGGCUGGGCCACUGCAGAAGGAAACCCAGAAGUUGCAAGAGAUGCGGUCCCAGAGGCAGAGCACAGCAGCUGCCGCUGCAGCCGUGGAGCCCGAGGAAGAGUGGGAAGCGAUGCUGCCAGAGCUGCAGUCCACCCUGCGGCAGCUCCUAGAGCUCCCGCAGGAGGUGGAGGAUGAGGAGGCCCCCGAGGAAACUGCUGCCGCAGCAACCGCGGAAGAGGCAAAAGGACGCAUCCGUCAGCUGCUGGCCAAAGCUAGAUACAAGCAGGCCAUUAGGGUCACUCGAGCGGCCAGGAGCCACUUCCCGGAGUCUGAGCCCUUCAGGCUCACAGAUGCAGAGGAGUCAGAGGAGACCAAGCUCCUGAGCCUCUUAGGAACCAUCUUCAAAGACCCGGCAGCUUCCGCUCAGAUCCCAGGACAGGCCAUGGGGACAGAUGCACCUGCAGGCCCCAGCGGCAGUGAUGAACUGUUGAAGCAGGAGAUGCUGGUGCAGUACCUACAGGACGCCCACAACUUCUCCCAGAAGAUCACGGAGGCCAUCGGCAUCAUCAGCAAGAUGAUGUAUGAAAACACAACGACAGUGGUACAGGAGGUGAUUGAAUUCUUUGUGAUGGUGUCCCAGUUUGGGGUGCCCCAGGCUCUGUGUGGAGUGCGCCGCAUGUUGCCUCUCAUCUGGUCCAAGGAGCCGGGUGUCCGGGAAGCUGUGUUGAAUGCCUACCGCCAGCUCUACCUCAGCCCCAGAGGGGACUCGGCCAGGGCCAGGGCCCAGGCUUUGAUUCAGAAUCUCUCUCUGUUGCUGGUGGAUGCCUCGGUUGGGACCAUUGAGUGUCUCGAGGAAAUUCUCUGCGAGUUUGUUCGGAAGGAUGAGCUAAGACCAGCAGUGACACAGCUGCUGUGGGAGCGGGCCACCGAAAAGGUCCCCUGCUCUCCUGCGGAGCGCUGUUCCUCUGUCAUGCUCCUCGGCAUGCUGGCUCGAGGAAAGCCAGAAAUCGUGGGGAGCAACUUAGACACGCUGGUGAGCAUAGGGCUGGACAGGAAGUCUCCACCAGACUACAGGCUGGCACAGCAGGUGUGCCAGGCCAUUGCCAACAUCUCUGACAGGAGGAAGCCUUCCCUGGGCAAACGCCACCCCCCCUUUAGGCUGCCUCAGGAGCACAGGCUGUUUGAGCGGCUUCGGGAGAUGGUCACAGAAGGCUUUGCCCACCCGGACCCGCUCUGGAUCCCAUUCAAGGAGACUGCUGUGACCCUCACCUACCAGCUGGCAGAGGGCCCCGAGGUGAUCUGUGCCCAGAUGCUGCAGGGCUGUGCCAGGCAGGCUCUGGAGAAGCUGGAGGAGAAGAGCUCCAGCCAGGAGGAGCCCAGCCAGACCAUCCUAGUACUCCCCACUUUCCUCCUCAUGCACCUGCUGUCCCUGGCUGGGGAUGUGGCCCUGCAGCAGCUGGUGCACCUGGAACAGGCAGUGAGUGGAGAGCUCAUUCGGCGCCGAGUUCUUCAGGAGGAGCAGGAGCACAAGACCAAGGAGCCCAAGGAGAAGAACACGGGCUCUGAGACCAUGGAGGAGGAGCUGGGGCUGGUCGGGGCCACGGCAGACGACACAGAGGCCGAGCUCAUCCGUGGCAUCUGUGAGCUGGAGCUGCUGGAUGGCAAGCAGGUCCUGGCUGCUUUUGUCCCGCUUUUGCUCAAAGUCUGCAACAACCCCGGUCUCUACAGCAACGAAGACCUCUGUGCGGGGGCCUCGCUGGCCCUCGGCAAGUUCUGCAUGAUCAGCGCCUCUUUCUGCGACUCCCAGCUCCGUCUUCUGUUCACCAUGCUGGAGAAGUCACCACUGCCCACGGUCCGCUCCAAUCUCAUGGUUGUCACCGGGGACCUGGCCAUCCGCUUCCCCAACCUGGUGGACCCCUGGACCCCUCAUCUGUAUGCCCGCCUCCGGGACCCAGCUCAGCAGGUGCGGAAGACAGCAGGGCUGGUGAUGACCCACCUGAUCCUGAAGGACAUGGUGAAGGUCAAGGGCCAGGUGAGCGAGAUGGCCGUGCUGCUCAUCGACCCUGAGCCGCAGAUUGCAGCCCUGGCCAGGAAUUUCUUCAAUGAACUCUCCCACAAGGGCAACGCCAUCUACAAUCUCCUUCCUGACAUCAUCAGCCGCCUGUCAGACCCUGAGGGCGGGGUAGAGGAGGAGCCUUUCCACACCAUCAUGAAGCAGCUGCUGGCCUACAUCACCAAGGACAAGCAGACUGAGAGUCUUGUGGAGAAGCUGUGCCAGCGCUUCCGCACGGCUCGGACUGAGCGGCAGCACCGUGACCUGGCCUACUGCGUGUCACAGCUGCCUCUCACAGAGCGAGGCCUCCACAGGAUGCUGGACAAUUUCGACUGCUUUGGAGACAAACUGUCAGACGAGUGCAUCUUUGGGGCCUUCCUGUCUGUCGUGAGCAAGCUGCGGCGUGGCGCCAAACCCGAGGGCAAGGCUGCAGCAGACGAGUUUGAGCAGAAGCUCCGAGCCUGUCACACACGAGGCCUGGACGGCCUGGAGGAGACCGGGAGCCAGAGAGCCAACCCCGCCCGGAAGCUGAGCACAGUCUCCGUAGCCCCAGACAGCGACUUCGUUACACCCCGGCCUUGCCGUACCACCCGCCGGCCGCCGCCCACUCAGCAGCGCAGCUCCAAGAGGCUGCCCAGGGUCGUCUUCUCCAGCGAUGAGUCCAGCGGCGAAGAGCUCUCGGCGGAGAUGAGGGAAGAGGAGACACCCCGGAAAACGACGCCCAUCCGCAGAGCCUCUGCCCACCGGCGUGGGCCCUAGAGAGGCUGCCACCGUCCCUGGAGUUUUUAGCAGCUGCAUGCUGUUCCACACCCGAGGCGUUGCCCUUUGCUAGCACCGUGGGUAGGAGUUUGCCCGUCUGCUCUUU